AAAUUGGUACAAACGCGUUUAUAGUUUGAACUUUAAAUUUUCCGCUUAGUAAUCCUAUUAUACUAUACUACGAUCUUCGAUUCUUGAAUUUUUCCAUUUAAGUCCAAAUCCGUUCUUUUAUUUCGAUUCAAUUCAUUUGUCCAUCAAUAUGGCAACAGAAAGAUAUAGUUUCUCGUUGACCACUUUCAGCCCAUCGGGUAAACUCGUCCAGAUUGAAUAUGCGUUAGCAGCAGUGUCGGCUGGUGCAGCAUCAGUCGGUAUCAAAGCUUCAAAUGGUGUUGUGGUUGCCACAGAAAAUAAGCGUAAGUCUCUUUUAUAUGAAACAACAGUGGAAAAAGUACAAAAAAUAACACCUAACAUUGGAAUGGUUUAUAGUGGUAUGGGUCCUGAUUAUAGACUACUUGUAAGAAAAGCAAGAAAAGAAGCUGCCCAAUACCAAUUGAAAUUUGAAGAAGAAAUACCUACAGCAAUAUUAGUACAAGAAGUUGCUAGUGUUAUGCAAGAAUAUACACAAUCAGGUGGUGUGAGACCUUUUGGUGUAUCAUUGUUGGUAUGUGGGUGGGAUAGAACUGGUCCCAAACUGUAUCAAUGUGAUCCAUCUGGUGCAUACUUUGCCUGGAAGGCAACAGCACUGGGAAAAAAUUACGUGAAUAGCAAAUUGUUUUUAGAAAAGCGGUAUAAAGAAGACUUGGAGUUGGAAGAUGCGAUUCAUACAGCAAUUUUGGCAUUAAAAGAAGGAUUUGAAGGACAAAUGACUGCUGAUAAUAUUGAAGUUGGCGUUUGCCGUAAGAAUAGAAAUAAUGAAAUCAUUUUUGAAAAACUCGAUCAACAACAAGUGGCUGAUUAUUUAGCCAAUAUACCUAAUUAAUUGAAUGAUAAUUUCAAAUGAAUACCUUAUACAUAUUUGAUGUAUUUGUAUUAAUAACACUUGAAUAUCACGAGAAAGUACUGUUAUUUCAUAGAAUUUUAUACAUUAUCUGUUUAUCAAUGAAAUAAUUGAUUUUUCAAAGUAAAGGCAUACGGUAUUUUUUAA